AUGAUGAGAAGCAAAGCAAACAAGCUGAGCAAGCUGGUGCAAAUUACACGAGCACCCAUUAGAGUUGUGUGCAAGGCAAGAGACUUUUAUGUGAAGAGCAUGUUGAACUUUGCUGGUAGUGGUAAAGCUGGUUAUGGAGGCAUAGGUGGUGGAACUGCUCAAUUGCCUAAGAGUUUUAGUGUCAAUUCUUCAAGGGCAGUGGAUGAUGAUGAGGAGUUCAAGAAACUUCUGCGGUUGUUAUCUGCGAAGGGUAUAAGUCAAGUGGAGACCUAUCUCCACUGCAGGCAAGAUGAUGGGAGAUCGUAUAGCAAGGGGUCUAGCGGGAUGAAGAGUAGUUACAGUGUCGGGGUAGGAAAGAUCGGAAGAAUUGAUGAGGAUAGAGCUUGUUCAUUUAGAGAGAUGAUAAUGAUGCCCAUGCAAAUUUGUAUCCCAGAAGUAGAAGUCAUGCUGUUAGAAGGAAAUUCGUCAAAUACAUAG